AUGAUAAGAAGUGCAGAGCCGGGCGAGCUGUUUCUAGGUAUUGCCGCCAACACCAUUAUCUCAAUCAUCAUUCUACUGGUCGACAUCUUCUACCGGCUACUCCAUCGAGGUUACAAAAAAUUACGCACAAUGCAGACAAACAACACCAAGCCGUUUCCUUUCGAGGCACUCCCUCAGGAGCUACGUGACAUGGUCUACAGAAACCUGCUGGAGGACGUUCACUACCCCUCACCAGCUGCAUGUCAGCCUGCAUCGUCCCUAAACGGGAUGUUCGCGGGUCUCUGGGGGUCUGCCACAGAUGUACGGAAAACCGCACAGCUACCGAAGGCCAGCAACUGGAUAUUGCUUGCAAGCAAACAAAUAUACGCCGAAUACAUGGAUAUGCUCUGCAAGCAUGGUGUCUUCCAUCUUACGGUGUCCCCCGAAAACUACCAACCCCCCACACAAAAUGACCGGAUUUGGAACGUUGCCCCAUCAACAUACAAAAGCAUCCGCAAGGCUUCUCUUCAGCUUGUCACUACCAGCGCGAUGCUGGGUUGUACUGACCCGCGCAAUAUGGAAUCCUCUUCGUGGGAUCUCGCGGCACGUAUUCGUUCCGAGCUCAGUCUGCUUGAGUCUUGUACACAUCUCACACUUAACGCCAAAGCCAUCGGCGACCCACUCUGGAACCCGCUCUGGAUUUGGUACCACUCAAGUCAGUCAUUCAAGAACAUCGGGACAUCGCUAUCAGAUCAUUCCACCGGCCCGAUGCUGAGCCACAUCACGUUCAGCUUGGACACGUGGAGUCCCGGCGAGAACUACCUCGAGAGAGAUGGGUCGAAUAAGGGAGCUUGGACAUGGUAUUGCCUGAAGGGUCACGACGUAGGGCUUGAUGGGGGACCGGAGCAGACAGUCAGGGACUUUUGCGGGAUGCUGUACCGGGAGUGCAAAACUUGUCGUCCGGCGGAAGAGGGUGAAGAAGAGGAAGAAUGA